UUUUCUGUCCAAACUCUUCUUUCCUUUGAGAGAGAAUCUGCCCCUACUAAUUCAAAGUAGUUCAUGUUCAUCUGAGAGAGAAUAUUUUUUGUGUGUACUUUUGAUUCUGAGAUGAAUAACAGAACAAAUGUUGCAGUUAGUACUCCUAGUAUUACAACAACAAGGUUCAUCAAAUGUGUGACAGUUGGAGAUGGUGCUGUUGGGAAGACAAGCCUUCUCAUCUCCUACACUACCAACACUUUCCCAACUGAUUAUAUACCAACUGUUUUUGAUAACUUCAGUGCCAAUGUUGUGGUUGAUGGGAAGACUGUGAAUCUGGGUCUCUGGGAUACUGCUGGUCAAGAAGAUUAUAACAGGCUGAGGCCCCUAAGUUACAGAGGAGCUGAUGUUUUCCUUCUUUGCUUUUCUCUCAUAAGUAGGCCUAGCUUUGAGAACAUAGCGAAGAAAUGGGUUCCGGAGCUGAGACAUUAUGCCCCCUCAGUGCCCAUUGUUCUUGUGGGGACCAAGCUGGGUAAAAGAUUCUUUCCUUUAUCAAUUUGCUUCUUAUAUCUGAGAGAAGAUCAACAGUUCCACUUGAAUUAUCCUGGGGCAUGUACCAUUUCUACGAAACAGGGUGAAGAACUCAAAAGGCAAAUUGGAGCACUAGUGUAUAUAGAGUGCAGCUCAAAGACACAACAGAAUUUGAAAGCUGUCUUUGACACCUCUAUCAAGAUGGUUCUGGAUCCCCCGAAGGCCAAAAAUCAAAAGAGAAAACUGAGGGCCUGCAUUGUUCUUUGAUCAUGCUCUAGUGCUGCUAGCUCCCUGAUUUUAUGCCAAUAAUGAUGACUACCUUCUCUCUUCACAGCUGUCAAUUCUCAUCUUUUUCCCACUUUGUUUUCUUGUGGAUGUUUUCUCUUGUGGAUGUUUUCUUGAGAUUGUAUGGCAUUCUUUUUAGUUUUUCCCUCUUUCUUUUCUUUCUUGCUUUUGUGAAAUUUCUUUCUCUGGUAUAAUGGAUUUUUGGAUAAAUGGGGAAG